AUGUCUCAGCCAACAACCGCAGACUGGUUCCAAAGCCCUCAGGGCGCCGACUACCCCAUACAACUUUACAAACGCUGCUGUUCAUGGCGUAAAUGCUUCCUUAUAAUUGACCUUGCGGGGGACAAUAUCCAAAUAAAUGCCAAGUCCCAGGUCAUUUUGGACUCUCAGCAGCCGUUCCUCGCCAUCUGCCUAGAAAAUAAGGACCAGGGAGAGGUCAUUUUUCCAUUCCAGGGAAUUCACCUCAACUGUGGGAUUGAAGGUGACGCGGCGGAUACCGACAACUGGAUCGACAAUAAGAGGGCAACGUAUUCGCUUCUCCCUAAAAAUGAGAAGUUCUACUAUUACGUAGUAAGGUGCAAAAGCUCGCCGGUGUUUACCAAGGUCCAAAGGCCGUUGAUGAGUGAAGAGCUCGAGGAAAAAUUGAGGACGCUCAGGAACAUCAAUUGGUUGAAUUGCGACCUAGUUAUCUUACUUCAAUAUAGAAGUAGCUUCACCGAUGUCCCGCUCAUGCUCAAUUGGUCGAUCAAACUCUACAAUCUCGUGCAUCAAGGCUCCGAGGGGGAGGGAUUCUGGUACUAUCGCCAGAAUCCAGAAUCAGACGUCACCAAGCGGCAUCCUGAAAUGCCAUGGCUCUGGACCAGUACUGAAGGCAGGCGGGAAUACAUGAAGUGGAAACCCCACAACCCCCUGUUCUUCGACGACAACGACCGCAUUUGUCGUCUUCUUAAGGCCUCAAAGAAUGAACGCUACCAGCAACAGCGGGAAGUUUCUGACGUCUUCAACCCCACCCGGUGUCAUGAGGCGUGGUGCACUGAGAGUGAUUUCGGGCUACCGGGUAGCACGCACCUGGUGCACAUCAAGCUUUUGCCAGUCCGGCCAAGUGACAACGUGGUCAUUCCCAAAUUGCAGGAGGGCGCCAAGGUGCACUUCGAGUGGGCUCUCCAAGGUGUCCCCUACGGCAUGGAUUCGAAGCUCAUUGAUCAGGGAGCCGUCACUCAGAGUGACUCCAAUGCUGACCUUGUUCUCCGUGUGACAGGCCAGGCCACACAAGCUUUGGGCGAACGCUUUCCCAUUGUCACAUCAGCAGUGGCAAACACGAUGCCCAUUGACGCCCAGAUUGAGGCUCUUGGGGAGGCAAGUAAACUAGCACUUGUCUUCGGGGAUCGUUCAGGAAAUGAAGGCCAGGGUUUCUCGCUGAGGCGCACUCUCCUUGCUCAUGGAACCGAGCUCGAGCAAGGAAAUCAAGGCUACUUUACCCUUGAUGUCCGCCAAAUGUCACCCGUGCCGCCGAAUCUUCAGCAAGAGAGGGUGGAAUACCUUUCGCACAUCUUCCGGCUUGACGAGGCCCAGAAAGAGGCCUUCCAGGCUUCGCUGGUAAAAAUUGUGUGCGGAGUUAGCCUGAUUCAAGGUCCUCCGGGAACUGGAAAAACCAGUACAGCCAAGGCAAUUAUUUGCACUGCGGCAGCUCUUGGCUGCAAGAUUCUCCUGGUUGCUGGGUCCAACAAGGGGGUGGACAACCUUGCUGAGGCGGUAACUAAAGCCCUCCAACGGGACAAGCGACUACAAAGCUGGUGUGGCCAGCUCGUCAGAUUCCGCACACCGCGCUACCAGCUCGAAAGAGCGAGGGGUGGUGAACCUUCAGAUGAGAACGAUAAUCUGAGUAACGUUCAAGCUCACGUCCUCACUAUCCAGUACGCCCAGGACCAUGCCACCACCGACAAAUACGCCCGGUCUCUAUUAGAACGUCUUGCAGCAGAUAAGCAGCGACGACUGAGCAGGGAAGAGCGCAAGGGUCUGAAAGGGGACUAUGAACACUGCGUCAUGAAGGUCCUGCAGAACGCCAAGAUCGUUGCCACAACCUUGAGCAACGCGUCCCAGGAUCUUCUGAGACGUUCAGGGUUCGAGCCUGCCUUCGUGGUUUGCGACGAGGCAGGGCAAUGCCAGGAAGGCGAAAUCACCAUCGCCCUGACCAUCCCAUCGACUAGGGUAAUGGUCUUGAUUGGAGACCCGGAGCAACUCCCGCCAACUGUUGUCUCAGAACACGCGACCAAUGAGGGCGCGUUGUACCUGAAGAGGUCAAUGAUGGAGAGGCUGCACGAAGCAGGCUACCCCUGCACUAUGCUGUUGACCAACUACCGCAGCCACAGCCACAUCUUUGACAUCUUCAACCGGUUAAUCUACAAGGGUGCGUUGAGGUUGGGUCCCAACAAUGACAGCGAACAGCGCGUCGGGAAGGUCUGGGAUGCCUUCACCCGCUCUCAUCACCACUUCUGCGGUUACGGUGUGGUGGGAGUUCGCCGCCUUUUCAUCAGUGUGAUAGGGGAGGCCGUUCGUGCUGAAGGUAGCCAGUCGUGGUCCAACCAGUCGCAGGGUAUGGUCGCUGUGCAUCUUCUCAAAAACCUAUACGCCUAUCGGACGAGUGAUGGUCAAUCCAUUCGUCCAGAAGAUGUUAUGGUGAUCUCUCCGUAUGCGGCGCAGCGAGCUUUGGUCGGAAGGCUCAUGGGCGAGCACGGGGUAAGCUGCCGGGACAAUCUUACUGUGGAUGCAUCGCAGGGUCAAGAAGCUCCCAUGGUAAUCUUCAUGCUGACGAAGCCGUCGAGGGACGCCGCCAGUGUUGGUUUCAUUGCCGACCAGCAACGGCUCAAUGUUGCACUGAGCCGUGCACGCGAAGUCCUCGUCAUUGUCGGGAAUCUCCUUGUCUGGAAUAGAGAGACCCUUGACAAGAUCGAAAAGUCUCUUGGCAAGAAGGCCAGGUUCCUCCUUAAUCUUCUUUUUGACGUGAGCAAGCGUAAUCACACCAUGGUGUGGAAAGGUGAAGCCACGGUCGAAGAUAAGAAACCUGUCGGGCCAGUGGAAUACAAGUGCCCUGACCGAUUUGUUCCGCCAUUUUACGAGACGGCCGCCGUCCCCUCCGCCCCCGUUUCCUCCGCACUCCUCCCCGCUCGCACCCCCCAGCGCCCCGCCCAAGCGUCCAGUGGGUCCUUCUCUACGGCGCCCUGGAGGCCGUCUGCUAGAUCCGUUCCUGGAGUCGAGGGACGAGAAACAUUAUCUCGACCGACGCCACGGGUAAACAUGCCCGUUGGUUCGUCGUGGCAGGCACCUGUCGUUCGUCUGCCAACGUCCACAAGCCAAUCAAGGGACAUCGAGGAAGAUGUCAGCAUGGUGGACAUUGAGAAACCCGAGGGCCGAGAUCUCGUACAGCAAACCGGCAGUCCGCCCUCUCCUGUCCUCCCUCCCCGGCAUGCUCGCCAAAGGUCCCGCUCUCCCCCUCAUCGCGAGGCGACGUAUCGUGAAGCGACGUAUCGCGAGCGGCCUCGCUCCCCUUCGCGCGCCAUCGACAACCGACUCCUUACACGGGGUGGUCUGCCUCAGGUCAGUCUAGUUCCUCGAGACAAUUUCGACUCAAUACCAGUCGAGGAACUGGAGAGACAGUUUAGGCUUAGCCGCGCCGCUGAAGAAAUGGCUGCUGCAACCCUCCGGCGUACGUUGAUUGAGGAGGAGCUCCGUGUGAGGGGCGACUGGGAUAGUCGCAACAGAGACGACCAACGAGAUGGUCGGUAG